GGCAAGCGCGAAUAUCUUCGUCUAGGGUUUUUUCUCAGUUUGGCCUAUCUCCUCGCUCAGGUACGAUUGCUUCGCUAGUUCUUUCGUGUGUCCUUCCUUCCUUCCUUGGUAGGGCCUCCCCUGUUUGGAUUUGUUUAAGAUCUACUGUUUACUAGGGUUUUUGCGGAAGCAAUUGAUAUAGAAGAAUGGGUGAGACUGGGAAACGAAAUCGGAUCCAGAAGGAAAAUGAUGGAGAUAGCAAGAACCAGAAGAGACGGGCAACUGAUAGAGAUGAGAAGGGUAACGAUGAAGUUGUUGUUUAUAGGAUACUCUGUCCAGAUGUGGCUAUUGGAAGUGUGAUUGGAAAGAGCGGGAAAGUGAUAAACUCAAUAAGGCAGGGGACAAAGGCCAAGGUUAAGGUUGUUGAUCCAUUUCCAGGUGCUAAGGAUAGAGUUAUAACAAUCUACUGCUAUGUGAAGGAGAAGGAAGAGGUAGAGGUGGAUGAAGAAUUCAAUGAAAGGGCGCCUCUCUGCCCUGCUCAAGAUGCUCUUCUCAUGGUGCAUGCCACCAUCGCAAAUGCAGUGGCUUCAAUUGGAGAUUCUGACAAGAAGCAGAAGGGCAGGCAGGAGUGUCAAAUUCUUGUUCCCUCUAGCCAGUCUGCUAAUAUUAUUGGGAAAUCUGGGGCCACCAUAAAGAAACUGAGAAGCAAGACAAAAGCAAACAUUAAAGUUACUGCUAAGGAUGUUAACGACCCCGCCCAUUCUUAUGCAAUGGAGUUUGAUAACAUUGUUCUGAUAGCUGGUGAUCCAGAAGCUGUGAAGAAAGCAUUGUUUGCUGUUUCAGCAAUCAUGUACAAGUUUGCUCCAAAGGAACAAAUCCCUCUUGAUACUACUGUGCUAGAGGCUCCUCCAAGCAUCAUUAUCCCUUCAGAUGUCCCUAUUUAUCCUGCCAGUGGACUUUAUCCAAGUGUAGAUCCUAUUGUCCCAUCAAGACCUGUUCCUCCGGUCCUAGGUGCUGCUCCGGUUCAUGAACUUCCAGGUUAUGCUGAUGCCACAAGCAAUUGGCCUGUCUAUUCAUCUGCUCUUCCUGUAGUUUCUGGUUAUGGUGGUGCUUCCAGAUCAGAAGAGUUAAUUGUGAGAAUGCUGUGCCCCUCUGACAAGAUUGGUCGUGUAAUUGGCAAGGGAGGGAGUUCAAUUAAAAGUGUAAGGCAGGCCAGUGGUGCUCGUGUUGAGGUUGACGAUAAGAAAGGCAACGGUGAUGAAUGCAUAAUCACCAUAACCUCAACGGAGUCCACAGAUGAUUUGAAAUCUAUGGCAGUCGAAGCGGUUCUACUGCUUCAAGGAAAGAUAAAUGAUGAAGAUGAUGACACUGUAACUAUCAGGUUUCUUGUUCCAUCUAGGGUUAUUGGUUGUAUAAUUGGAAAGAGUGGUUCAAUUAUAAAUGAAAUUCGGAAGAGAACUAAGGCUGAUGUGCGAAUCUCCAAAGGGGAGAAGCCCAAGUGUGCUGAUGCCAGUGAUGAACUUAUUGAGGUGGGUGGGGAAAUUGGUAGCGUGAGGGAUGCACUUGUUCAAAUUGUGCUGCGACUUCGAGAUGACAUCUUAAAGGAUAGGGAAGGAGGUCGCAAUCCUUCUGGUACUGAUUCAUUGUAUUCCGGCGCCUCUGCUCUUUCAGUGUCUUCAGUUUUGUCUACCUUACCUCCGGCUCCACAAUUAAGUUAUGAGAAGAGAGCUGAAAGUGGGAGUGGAUUGGGCAUGCUUUCUUCAAGCAGCCUCUAUGGCUAUGGAUCUUUAUCGAUGGGAGACACUGAUUAUGGAUCUUUGUCUUCAUACUCAUCAAAGCUGUAUGGAGGAUUGUCUGCUCCAUCAACUCUUGAGAUGGUCAUUCCUGCUCACGCAGUGGGUAAAGUUAUGGGAAAAGGUGGGGCUAAUAUUGCUAACAUCCGCCAGAUAUCUGGAGCAGUUGUGGAGAUCUCUGAUUCAAAAUCUUCUAGGGGUGAUCGUGUAGCUCUAAUAUCUGGCACAUCUGAGCAGAAGCGUACUGCUGAAAACUUGAUCCAGGCAUUUAUAAUGGCCACUUAAAUCUAUGGGGAUCUUUCUUGGCGUUUUGAGGGUGAAGUCUAGUUUAGGUCUUGGAGCUUUUGCUCUCAAAUAUUUACUCUAGUUCCUCUAGGUCAGGUCUUGGGGAAGCUUCAUUUCUAGGUUUAGUCUGUUGCACUUCAGUUUCUCUUACCAAUACCAAUGAAGAUGGUGCAGGAAGGUUUACUGCAGGCUCCAUAUUCUGCGAAUGUAGUUCAUAUCUCUGGCUUAAUGUAUUCAUCGUCUGUAGUUGUCUUAGAUGUCUUAGAGUUUGUAGGACCUUUUCUUCCUUUUUAAGUCUUUUAUUAGUUCUUAUCCUGGGCUAGCAUGAGUUCCAUCUUAUCUCAAAUACUUUGAUUAUCCUGCUGGAGUAUUUUCAGUACUAGUCACAAUUGUCAAACUCAUAAUUUGUGGAUGUUUAGUUACUUUGUCCGUAAAAUCCUUGUUAUCAGCUCUUCACUAUAA